AUGUUGAUAAAUGAAGGUGAUCUAGACGCCAUUACUAGGAUUUUCUCACUUGGGCUUCCGCGAACCCUGGCUAGGCAUGCUGUUAUUGUAUUGCACUACUUUAGAAGUGUCAGUGAUGAGGUUAUUCCUAUUGACGUCUUUGUCGCUGGUUGCGUGUUGUACGCACUAAAGCAGCGCCAGUGUCCCAAUGGCAACCACGCUGUUAAACGGUGUUUGGCACGUGCAAAGGAAAGUGAUAUUGUCGGUUUUGAGCUGGUUCUUGUACAAGUUAUUCGGCGAAAUGUAGUGUUGGUUGAGGCAUGCCUUCGUUCUGUAUUUCACGAUUUUUUGCUAGUUAAUCCAACAGCCAGAUUUGACCGUGAACGGUUGAUUCAGGUGUGCUUGCAUCUUAUUAGUGUUCUGUACAAUACUAAAUGGUGCCUUUUUCCUGAAAGUGCAGCGAGAGGUGCACUUGUUGUAGCGUGUGAAAAGUGCGACCUUGACGUGAGAAAACUGCCGCCGAAGUUCGAGGAGCAGACAGUCACUCAAAUUUCUGAAUAUCUCCGUUGCUCCUCUUGCAAGUAG